AAAAAUUGUUCAUCACCUCCUUCCACGCCCCUUAGGCCCUCACUCACAAUUCACAACUGCCUUUUUUCUUCUCUGCGGACUAAAACACUUCCACGUCUCUCCUUUGCUUUCCCUUCAUUUAACAAAAGAAAGAAGCUGAAACCCAGAAAAUUUGAGCAGAAAAAAGGGAAAAAAGGAUGGCUGUCUUGAAACUUCAAAGCCUAAAACCCAGACCCAUUUCGGAGUUAUCAAUGAAAGUGGGUUCGAUUCGGUGCUACGUAAGCAGCUGCAGGGCGGUGUUGCUGCCUCGGUUCGGUGGACCUGAGGUGUUGCAGCUCCGACCCGAUGUGCCUGUUCCUGAUCUUAAGCCCAAUGAAGUUCUGGUUCGAGCCCGAGCUGUUUCUAUCAACCCCCUUGAUACCAGAAUACGAUCGGGCUAUGGUCGUUCCAUAUUCGAGCCGCUUCUACCCCUCAUUUUGGGUCGUGAUGUUAGUGGUGAAGUUGCAGCUGUUGGUGCUUCAGUGAAGUCACUGACUGUAGGGCAGGAAGUUUUUGGUGCUCUGCAUCCAACUGCUCUGAGGGGUACAUACACAGACUAUGCUAUUCUUACCGAGGACGAGCUUUCUCCGAAACCAGCUUCAUUGACUCAUGUGGAAGCAAGUGCCAUUCCAUUUGCUGCAUUGACUGCAUGGCGUGCCUUAAAAUGUACUGCAAGGAUAACUGAAGGGCAAAGGCUGUUAGUAAUAGGUGGCGGAGGUGCAGUAGGUUUUUCUGCCAUUCAGAUCGCGGUUGCUGCAGGGUGCCAUGUUACAACUACUUGUGGAAAUCAAAGUAUAAGUCGAUUAAUUGCAGCAGGUGCUGAGCAGGCUGUUGAUUACACUUCCGAGGAUAUUGAGUCAGUAAUUAAGGAAAAAUUCGAUGCUGUCCUAGACACCAUUGGUGUGCCAGAGACAGAAAGAAUAGGCAUCAAUCUUUUGAAUAGGGGUGGGCACUAUAUGACACUUCAGGGAGAGGCAGCAGCACUGAGCGACAGGUAUGGACUACCGAUUGGGCUUCCUGCAGCUACAGCUGUUUUAUUCAAGAAAAGGAUUCAAUGCAAAUUUUCUCACGGAAUAGAAUAUUCAUGGAUAUACAUGAGGGCGGACUCGGAAGGUUUACAUGAGAUACGCAGAUUAUCGGAAGCCGGGAAGCUGAGUAUACCGGUGGAGAAAACAUUUUCAAUAACACAAGUAAGAGAGGCUCAUGAAGCUAAGGACAAGAAACAAAUCCUUGGUAAAGUAGUGCUGGAACUUGACUAAAGUAAGUUUUACAACAUCACAAAUAACUUGGAAUUUUUUUCUUCUAAAUGUUCCUUUCAACAUAAAUUUGAUAGAAUAUAUGAUGCUGAGGACGUUGUAUAUAAUGUUGGAAUUCUUCAGGUAUUAGCCUUCAGUGUCCUGUCGGAAUCUGUAAAUACUUUGAGCAUCAACGUUUUUGUUUCGUUUUUCUUCCUUCAUUUUACUGAAAAUGUUAUACAGUUGAACACUUUGAAUCAGAAAAAUGGAAUUCAUUUAAAA